AUGUUUGAGUUGUACCUCCUGACGUUCAACUGUGCACGCACACUGGCUGAUCCUCAGUCACUCGCGCCUUCCUUCUUUGACGCGCUACCCAAAGGAGCUCCAGUACCAGAUCUCGUCGCUAUAUCCUUACAAGAGGUCGCACCUAUCGCCUACUCGUUCCUUGGUGGAUCGUAUCUGAAGCCCUACUUCGACCGCGUCACCACCACCGUCCAGCUUGCAGCAGAUCUGCACAGCCAUGGCAGCCAACGCCUCGAGCAUGUUGCAACCCGCAGCCUGGGCAUGACAGCUCUUAUGAUAUUUGCAAAGCCAAGUUUCACCCAGCGAAUACAAUGGAUACAGUCAGCAGGAGCAGGAGUUGGCUUCUCGAACACGGGCAACAAGGGCGCAGUCGCUAUGCGCGUUGGCGUGUCUUGCCCAACAUCGGCCUCAGAGGAGACGCUGAACCUCAGCUUCGCUGCUGCUCAUCUUGCACCGUCAGAGAAGAAUGUGGGGGCUAGGAAUAAGGACUGGGAGAACCUCGUGCGCAACCUGGUUUUCGUCAACCACGACGAUUCCGCAUACAGCUCAAGCGAGGAACGGCCGUUACUUGGCUUGAGCAAAGCCCCAAGCGAACACAACGGUCUUUUCGCCACCGGAAGUCAUGUGUUUUUCUUUGGCGACCUAAAUUACCGGACCCACGAUUCCUUGCCAGACGACAAGGCUCACGAAUCAUUCCCAUCGAUGACAGCAGCCGAAGGAUCAUCGAAGCACUACUCUCAGCUGCUCAGUCGUGAUCAGCUCACAAGAGAGAAGGAAGCUAAUCGCACCCUUCACGGUCUCGAAGAAUUACCCAUCACCUUCCCUCCGACCUACAAGUACUCGACGUCACGCAGCAGCGACGAAGAAUGGCAAUGGGCCAAACACCGCUACCCCUCGUGGUGUGACCGCAUUUUGUACCUGCCUUCGCAUACAUCGAAACUCGAACCUCAGAUCUACACAGUUCUUCCAGUGCAAUCAACAUCAGACCACCGACCGGUUGCUCUCUCCGUACGGGUCGAGGACACGCCAAUACCAGCACACGGCAAUCGAGUCGAAGCGCCUUUCUCUAUUAAUCCAGCGUGGAAAGCCAGACAAGAUGCCGCUCGACGAUGGGAAGUUAUGGUGGGCGCAUCAUCCUACCUUGCCUUGACAAGGAAGGGUAACGCGAUGCUAAUUGCGUUCAUUGGUGUGUUGUUGGGCAGCUGGUGGAUAGUAGCCUGGCUCUGCAGGUAA